AUGGUGAAUUUCAAAUCGACGAGGUUUCUCAUCCAGCACACCCAGUCCAACCCAGUUCCUGGCCUGAAGCAGACCGUCUUGAUCCGAACAGAUUAUGUUGACUCUCACGAGGCGCUCACAUGGGAUGAUGUUCUACGUUUAGGGAACUCGGUGCCACAGCAAGCCUUACAUCAAGCGCAGCGCUCAGUGCAGUGUCAUGAUACAGUCUAUCUCCAGUUCACCAGCGGAACGACAGGAGUUCCAAAAGCUGCUAUGCUUAGCCAUUUUGGCAUUAUCAACAAUGGACGCAUGUGCGGUAUCCGUAUGAAUCUAAGGCCCGAUGAUAUUGUCUGUUGCCCGCCACCAUUGUUUCACGCCUUCGGUCUCGUCAGUGGCCUGAUAUGCUCACUUGUGUGUGGUGCUACCAUUGUCUUUCCGAGUCGAGAUUUUGACGCCUCUGCAGUGGUGGAUGCUUUGAUACGCCAUGGAUGUACCGUGCUGCAUGGCGUUCCAACUAUGUUCGUGGCUAUAUUGCAGCAGCUCCAGCACAGAAAAGUGGAAGUUAAAACUGUCCGAGCCGGUAUGGUAGGAGGGAUGAAGGUAGCACCGAGUCUAUUGGAGGAAAUACAGGCGACUUUCAGUCCCAUGGAUCUGAGAAUCAUUUACGGAAUGACCGAAACAUCCGCCGGAAGCUUCAUGACAGCAGCCACAGACCCAGCUAGAGAAAAACUGGAAACUGUAGGCAAAGCACUCCCCCACGUCCGGGCCAAGGUCGUCGACAGCCAGAACCACAUCCUCCCCAGGGGAUUCCAGGGCGAGCUUUGCAUAUCAGGGUAUCUGCUACAGAAGGGAUACUACAAGAACGGAGACAAGACAGCUGAAGCUCUGGUACGUGAUGAGAACGGCGUGAUAUGGAUCCAUACGGGCGACGAAGCAUCGAUAGAUGAGGAAGGAUACUGUCGCAUCACGGGAAGGAUCAAAGACAUUAUUAUCCGGGGAGGGGAAAACAUCUAUCCUACGGAAAUCGAAGAAAGGCUUAUGGAGCACCCGGACAUUGAGCAGGCUGCCAUUGUCGGACUUAGGGAUGAUAAAUACGGCGAGAUCGUUGCUGCCUUUCUUCAAACAACCCCACAACAUAAUAGGCCUUCUCUAACUGAUGUAAAAAACUGGAUAUGGCAGGUCCUUGGUCGACACAAGGCCCCGGUCCACGUCUUCUGGGUUGGACUCGGCGAUCCGAUCGGACAGUAUCCUGUGACGGGGAGUGGAAAGAUCAUGAAGGAUGUCUUGAGGGAUAUCGGAAACAAGAUGAUCGCGGGGAAAGAGAAUAAUUGA